UUUCAAGUAAUCAACAUGAAUGAAAUCGUGAUCCGUUCGCUUGUGCUAGCCAUCAUUGGCAUAUUCGGUACAAUUAACGCUGCAGCCGUACCUAAUACACCGAAUGGACGUAUCGUGGGCGGAGAACAGACUACCAUAGCUAAAUAUCCUUAUCAAGCCUCGGUGCGUUUGGACACUUAUAUAAUGUUACAUAUUUGCGGUGCUUCGAUCUAUGCACCCCGCGUUGUAGUCACUGCGGCACAUUGUAUCAAAGGACGUUUUGCUUCUUAUAUUUACGUUGUUGCUGGAUCGUCUUCUAUAGUGGAUGAAUCGGAACAAGGAAUACGUGCUAGUAAACUGAUUUAUCACAGUGGCUAUAAUAAGAAUACGCAUGAUAAUGAUGUUGGUUUAAUUAUAUUGAGUCAACCUUUGGUCUAUUCCAGUGUAGUGCAACCAAUCGCGUUAGCUGAGAGUUCACCUACUGCUGGCACUUAUGCAACGGUUACUGGUUGGGGUAAAAAUAAUGAAGAAUCCGAAACCCUAACGAAUAUCUUGCAAGUAGUGGAUAUACAAAUUGUAGAUAGCAACGAGUGUAAUUUGAAAUAUUUAACUAAAAAUCUGGCUAUUACGGAGCAAAUGGUAUGUGCUGGUCUUGCAGAUGGUGGCAAGGAUACAUGCCAGGGAGAUUCCGGUGGUCCAUUAGUUGUGAAUGGAAAAUUAUUGGGUGUUGUUUCGUGGGGAAUUGGUUGCGCUAAAUCUGAUUUUCCUGGAGUUUAUGCUAGUGUACCAUAUCAUACUAAAUGGAUCGAGGAGCAAGCUAGCUCAUAUUUGUAAAAAGUGGUGGAAACAAAAAUUAUCUUAAAAAGUGAUUCUCCUUACAUGGAACCAACGAACAAAUUUUAUUAUUAUUAUUAUUAGUAUUUUAUUUUUUAUUUUUUCAAUUAUACUUGUAUAUCAA